GGCUGUUUACUUAAGGGCGGGAAGUGCUGUGCUAUAAACGAUGGACCCAAGCAGUAUAACGCCAAACACAUCAAAUCAGCAGUUGGUGAUAAACAAUGACAAUGAUUCGGCGACGGCGUUACUGCAAGAGAAGCGGGCUAGGAGAGAAACUUUAAGGGACGUCUCACGUUCAGAAUACAUGACUAUCGCAGUACUUUGCUUCGUUAACCUUAUAAAUUAUAUGGACAGAUUCACCUUGGCUGGAGUGUUAGGUGACAUACAGGAUGAAUUCAAAAUCGGCGACGACUACGCAGGUCUGCUGCAGACCGUGUUUGUGAUCGCCUAUAUGAUAUUUGCUCCAACCUUUGGCUAUCUGGGAGAUAGGUAUUCUCGGCGGUACAUUAUGUCAUUUGGAGUCAGCCUCUGGUGUAUUACCACCUUGUGUGGCUCCUUCCUUCACAGCUUCGGAUGGUUCGCAUUUUUCCGAGGGCUUGUUGGUAUAGGCGAGGCAUCUUAUUCCACCAUCGCACCCACCAUCAUCAGCGAUUUGUUCGUUGGCAAUGUCCGAUCUAAGAUGCUCGCGUUGUUCUACUUCGCUAUACCCGUCGGCAGUGGUCUGGGAUAUAUAGUGGGCGCGUUGGCUAACGCAGCAGCUAACGACUGGCGUUGGGCACUUCGUGUGACGCCAGUAUUAGGCGCGGUUGCCGUGGCACUGAUUUUAUUCUUGAUGGAAGACCCACCGCGCGGCGCCGCGGAAGAGAGCCAUAUGAAACCGACAUCCUAUCGUCAAGACUUGGAAUCGCUUGUUCGAACUCCAUCGUUCAUGCUGUCAACUCUUGCGUUUACGUGUGUGGCCUUUGUGACUGGAGCUCUAGCGUGGUGGGGACCUCAGUUCAUCUACCUCGGCCUUACAUUAGGGCCAAACUCGAAUAUUACUAUCGGAAGCGUGUCGUACAAGUUCGGCCUGGUGGGCAUGUUCGCCGGCGCGCUCGGCGUGCCGCUGGGGUCGGCCCUGGCGCAGCGACUGCGCGCGCGCGUGCCUGACGCCGACCCCCUCAUCUGCGGCUUCGCGCUGCUCGCCUCCGCCCCCCUCGUCUUCUUCGCCCUCUCUGCCAUCAACGUCCACGUGGUCCUCACCUACGUCCUCAUAUUCUUGGGCAUGCUCACCGUCAACUUAACGUGGUCGAUUGUCGCCGACAUUAUACUGUACGUGGUGAUUCCACCGAGAAGAUCGACGGCAGAAGCGUUCCAGAUUUUACUAUCUCACAUGUUCGGGGAUGCUGGAAGUCCUUAUUUAAUUGGUGUGAUAUCUGAAGCCUUGAAAAAAGCAUUGUCAACCAACCACAACGAACAACCUACAGCAAGCGUUCAGUUCCGCUCGCUUCAGUAUGCGCUCUUUGUCACUUGCUUCGUGGAAAUUAUCGGCGCGGUAUUCUUCUUCCUGUCCGCUGUCUACAUAGUUAGAGAUAAACUCAAGGUCGAUCGAGCUAUCGCAGUUACUGCAAAAGUAGUUUAGCUCUAGAAGCCGAGGCUCAAGUUGCGGAACCUACACACAGCUCCGCUGAAGACGUGUCUGGAGCAUAGUGCUACGAAAUAAACUCCAUAGAUCUUUAUUUUAGCGGAUUUGAUCUGUGAGAGCUGCUGAGAAAGACUGAUGCAGUCCACUAAGAACAAAUUAGGAAUAAUUACAUGACUGUUGCCAUGAAACAGUUCCAAUGGCAGGGGACAAUGUAGUUAAUACUACCUGUAAAUAGGGUGUAUAGUAGAAGAAGUAGAAAUCGUAUGAUUUUGUUGCUUGUUUAAUGUCACUGUAAAAUGAAUUGUCGUGUCUAUUGUCCAUAGUGAUGUUUAGAUGUCACAAAAAUGACUGAACCAAUUAGCAAGAAGUAUUCCAGUAUCAUCGUUGACCAUCUCAUCUCGUCAAUUUUGUCUUUCUAAUUUACCUGUAGAGUAUAUAUGGAAAAACAAACUUUACAUUUUUCUUGCACAUGCUUGAUUUUUUUUGUGUAACUUGUUCUUAUCUUGUUCUAGUAUUUUGUCUUUUAUUAUUGCUUGUCAUUGGCACAAAAGGAGGUUCUCAUUCUCGCAACGUUCCAAUAUUAUGAAGUUGAAUAUCGUAUUGAUGGCGUACACUAUAAUGCAUGCCAUCGUGGUAAAAGGAUUUGCCGAUCGACGUAAGGUAGUCGCCAAUCGUUGCACAGGGUGCACAAGGAAUGGUACGUGGGAAGCUCCUUUCUGCACACCACAAGUUGAAGAUGACUAAUAAACCUUAAAAUCUAUGUACGGACAACGGCACAUCAGACUACACAUUUUUGUGCUAAAAUCGCCUCCAGGGCAACGUAACAAGAUACGUUAAUGUGUAGCUUGAUGUGCUGGCGUGUGUACCUUUAAUUAAAUAGAUAUUUUAUUGGGGACCUACUAGCGAGUUAAGAAGCCAGAACUCAUAUUUCUAUUAAUCAAGAUCUGAUAACACAAGAAAUUGACAUUUUACUCCAGCUAAUAAAAUAAUCGACUAUAAACCAAGUCGAUCUUCGAUAUAGCAUCAAUGGUCGUAUGUAUGAGAUCGAUUGAAUUAUAAGCAUUAAGAUUCAUGUUGUUACCUAACAAAUUAAGACGUACCUAAAUUCUCUUGUAAUUACUGGCUAUGAGUAACAUAAAUUACAAUAAUAGAUGGCUUCAAAACUUAAUUCCAAAAGUAAUUUUCAAUCCCAACUUUAUUUCUAUUUCAAUAAAUAAGUAAUUUCUGGGUUUGUUUCGAAAAUGUAAAUUCUUUGUAUUGUCCUGUAUAAAUGAUGUUGUGUAUAUUUGUGCAGUUUACCUUUUUCGGGUAGGCGUUGCCGACGCCACUGAUCGU